GGGUAUAUAUAAGGGGUUUUAAGGAGAGUCGUGUGCCAGACACACAGCCACUGAACCUCAAGCAGCUUCACUUUAACUGGAGUGCCGGGGCGCGUGCCAGCAGCCGGCCCCACCAGGACUCGCUCUCCCACACCCCACCAACAGAUCCCAGGUAGAGGCAGCAGGCAACCGGCCCUUCUUCAACUCCUCUCUGGCAAAGGCAGCUGGACCCCCGCCCCCUGUAACAGUGGGACCCUCUCCAGGAGCAGGGAGGGAGGAAGGGGGGACACACGCAAAUCUGUCCCUGAAGAUUGCAGUGAGGGCCAGUGCAGGGCGAGAGCACUCCGCCAAGAGACAGACAGUGUAAAGGGGAGCCAAGAUGUUCGUGAAGCCGGAGAGCCUGGAGCUGCAGGCGGAGGGGGAGCUGCUGCUGCUGGGCCCGGCCUCGCCCUGCUCCCCCUCGCUCACCCCGCUCUCCUCCAGCUCCGAGGAAGAGGAGGACGAUGAACUCCAGGCGCCCUCGCCAGCCCGCCCGGCAGAGGAGCAGCAGGCGCGGCUGCAGCUGAGCCUGAGGCGGCACGAGUGCAAGCGGCGCUCCGGCCGGGCCCGGGCCGGCUCCCGGGGGACCAGGACAGCCGAGACGGUGCAGCGGAUCAAGAAGAGCCGGCGGCUGAAGGCCAACAACCGGGAGCGGAACCGCAUGCACAACCUGAACGCGGCGCUGGACGCGCUGCGCGAGGUGCUGCCCACCUUCCCCGAGGACGCCAAGCUCACCAAGAUCGAGACGCUGCGCUUCGCGCACAACUACAUCUGGGCGCUGACCGAGACCCUGCGCCUGGCCGACCACUGCGGCGCCGCCGGCCUGCCGGGAGCCCUCUUCCCCGAGGCCAUGCUGCUGAGCCCCGGCGGCGCGCCCGCCAGCACCGCCAGCAGCCCCUCGCCCGCCUCCUCCUGGAGCUGCACCGACAGCCCCCUCUCCUCCUCCUCCGCCUCCUCCUCCUCCUACAGCUGCACUUUAUCGCCCGCCAGCCCCGCCUCGGACAUGGACUACUGGCAGCCCGACCAGCACCGCUACGCGCCGCCUCGCCCGCUGGCCAGGGACUUUAUCUAGCAGCCCCCCUCGCCCCGGCGGUGCGGCCGGCCCGGGCCCUCGCGUCGUGCUGGUGCAAUACGGUGCGCGGGGGCUGGCGGAGUUCCCAGGCGAGAUGGGGGAAGGUCACAGUGGAUCUGACCCAAGCUGGGGUUAGGAACAGCCCCCGCCCCGCAGGGGAACCUCUGGCGGAGACACACGAGGAGGCCGAGCGCAGGGGAAGGGCUGCGAACGAGGCGGACGCCCAAAGGGACGGCGGGGCCUGUGAAUCUGCCAAGGAAGCGCCACUGCGUGAUGUGCUCUGGUCACCUUGGAUUCUUCACUGACACGUUAAUGUAUGACGGAAAAGUACUUGCGCAGCUGAACUAUAGGGCCGGUAACAAUAUUAGCCACAGAUUUGCAAUGCCUGGCAUCUGCUUUCUUCCCAGUGCUGCCUCAAGGCUGUGGGAAUUUCACCUGUCAAACCAAACUUUUCCUCUCUGAUGUGCACUUUGUUCAGUUUCCCAGCUUUGUCACAAUGCGUUUUUGUCCCGUCCUUCUCGUUCCUGCUCCCUCCCCCUAUUUUGCCAUCUGUCUCUUAUGAUUUAUAAGGGGGGAAAAGUUGUUUUGUUCGAGGCCCAGGUUAGAAGUCAUUGUAUAAUUUGUAGGCUUUGUAAUGAUUGAAUGCAAGCGUGGAAAUUUAGGCUGAACUCUCCCUCAAAAGGAAAAAAAUGUAGAGGAAAAGGGGGGGGGAAAUCAGGAGGGAGGAUUACCUCAUGCAUUAUUUAUCUCGACCCUUUAGGGGACGAGGCACUCCCCCAUUCUUUCAAGAGAUUAAAAAUAAAUCAACAGACUGAAAACCUAAACAGACACGGAGCAUUAUAGCGAUCAGCCACACACGUGUUCACAUCUAUUUAUUAUAAAAGAAAGAUUUCAUGGAAGAUAUGUAUUUUUUGUAUAUUUCACAGAGUUUAUUCUAGUAUGUAUUUACAGCUGAAGAGCAAAGGGAGUGUUCUUAAGAUAAAUAAAGUAUAUAAUUUUCAUAACUUGUGUAGCGUUUCUGAUUGGAAUGUUUACGUAUCAUCCGGCAGCAAAAGGGGCGAGUGUCAUUUAUGGUAACCACGAAAGUUUAGGGGGCAUUUCUACGAGAUGCUAAGUGACUUAACCCCCCCCCCAUCCCCCAAAAGCCAAUUCAGCAAAGGAGCUCAGCGUAGGUAGAAUAGGAUCAGGUGUUAUUAAUACAGACACUAGGUAUAUUUGCGUGUUUCCAUGUAGAUAAACACAGGGCAAAGCGAUUGCGGUGCUUAGAGACAACACCCGGAAGAAGCGUAUAUAGUUCCCUAGAAAGAGGGGCGAGGUGUAGACGUGAACGAGCAGACCAUAAAUAGCAAAAAGCUACUUUUAAAUAAAUAACUUACGUUUUCGAAAUAAAGAGUGAAAUUAAGUUAUUUUACUCUCAAAAUAAUUCUACUGGUUUAAGACUUCCGCCGAAAUUACAU